AAACAAACAGGACUCUCACCACUGAAAACCAAUAAUAUUGCAAAUCGCCACUGUGAUAUCUCCCUAUAAAUACGCCAGGCACUAAAGAUGCAAAACCACAAGCAAAAGAAGAGUCUUCAGGCUGACGGAAACACGGCCUGCAGUUUCCCACUUCUCAGUCAGCCUCGCUCUGUUAGUUGAUCCCUUCUGCUUCCUUCGGUAGUGAGUGCGCACAGAAAUGAGGCCGAGCGAGAGGCAGGGAGAAAAGAAGAGAGAUGCGAACAAAGAAUCAUUCGCUUCUCUGCCCGAUGGAGGCCAAAAUGUUAGGCUUUGUAAGGUAUUUUCCAGCUCUUAGCAUUGCUCUGCCUGGAUGUCCUGAGCUGCCAACACUGUGGAAUUCAGGUGGGAUCCUCUGCUGGUACCACGGGAAUCAUGCAGGACAAAAUAGGUACUAAUUAAGAUAUGGUUGGAAUGGAAAACAAAAUGGAGACACCGAGAAUGGAAAAUGGAUCUCCUUUCCAGUUUUAUAUGGAAAGGAAGAGUCCCACCAAGAUCAGCAAAACAGCCAUGAUCAAAAGUCAGCUGAGGAAAAACUGUUCCUGUACUAGAGAAACAAUGAGAAAGACAGUCGUGGACUUCUUCCCUGUGUUACAAUGGCUUCCCAAAUAUAACUGCAAAGAAUACAUUUGGGGAGACAUUAUGUCCGGACUCAUUAUUGGAAUCAUUUUAGUCCCUCAAGCAAUCGCCUACUCUCUGCUAGCCGGCCUGAAACCAAUCUACAGUCUUUACACAUCCUUCUUUGCCAACAUCAUCUACUUUCUCAUGGGCACUUCCCGACACGUGUCAGUUGGCAUCUUCAGUUUAUUAAGCCUCAUGGUCGGACAGGUUGUGGACAGAGAACUGAUGGUGGCUGGAUUUGACCUCAACGAUGAUCCUCGGGAAGGCAUGGAUGGUGGAGGUCACUUGAAUGUUACAAUUUACAAUUUUACCCUCAGCACAAUGAAGGUGGAAUGUGGGAAAGAAUGCUAUGCCAUUGGGGUAGCUACCGCACUGACCUUUCUGGCUGGUGUUUAUCAGGUUCUGAUGGGAAUCUUCCGCCUGGGAUUCGUAUCGAUGUAUCUUUCAGAACCUGUGCUGGAUGGCUUUGCAACUGGCGCUUCGCUGACCAUUUUAACAGCUCAGGUUAAAUAUCUUGUUGGAAUAAAAAUCCCUCGCGCCCACGGAUACGGGGUCUUAGUAACCACUUGGGUGAACAUUUUCCACAACAUUUCCCAGACUAAUCUCUGCGAUGUGAUCACGAGCGUUAUCUGCAUCACUGUGCUGGUCACGGCAAAGGAACUGGGGGACCGAUAUAAGCACAAACUCAAGAUUCCUCUUCCCACCGAGCUGGUGGUGAUUGUGGUGGCAACGUUGGUUUCGCAUUACGGGCAGCUGAAGGAAAUGUAUGGUUCCAGCGUGUCGGGGGAAAUCCCCACUGGAUUUAUUCCUCCCCAGGUGCCCAGCCCGAAUCUCAUGCAGAGGGUUGCCAUCGAUGCUAUCCCCCUUGCUAUUGUGGGUUUUGCCUUCACCGUUUCUCUCUCGGAAAUGUUUGCCAAGAAAUAUGCCUACACAGUCAGGGCCAACCAGGAAAUGUUUGCCAUUGGCUUCUGUAACAUCAUCCCAGCUUUCUUCCACUGCUUUGCCACUAGCGCAGCCCUGGCCAAGAGCCUAGUAAAAACAUCAACAGGGUGUCAUACCCAAGUGUCUAGUCUUGUGAGUGCCAUUGUCGUGCUGCUGGUGCUGCUUUUCUUGGCACCUCUGUUCUUUAGCUUGCAGAAAUGUGUCUUGGCCUGCAUCAUCAUUGUCAGCCUCAGGGGAGCUCUUCGGAAAUUCAAAGACGUUCCCCAGCGCUACCGCCUAGACAAAGCGGAUGCCCUGGUAUGGUGUGUUACCAUGCUUUCAUCUGCCUUAAUCAGCACCGAAAUGGGGCUUCUGGUUGGGGUCGUUUUUUCAGCCCUGUGCAUUGUAGGCCGCACCCAACGCCCUCAUGUGGCCUUACUCGGUCAAAUUGGGAACACUGCCUUCUAUGAAGACGAUGACGUGUAUAAAAAUCUCUUGCCUAUUCCAAAGGUUAAAAUUUUCCGCUUUGAAGCACCCCUUUAUUACGCAAACAAGGACUUUUUCCUGAAGUGCCUCCACAACAGGACAGGGUUUGACCCUGCUAUAGAAAUCGCCAGGAGCAAAAAAGCCAAGAGGAAAGGGCAACCAAGUUUUGAGAAGGGACUUGAACAGGGAGAGGCAACAUUAUCCUUGGUCGCCAAACACCAAGAGGUUAAGGCCAUCAUCAUUGACUGCUCCUCCAUUCCAUUUUUGGACACAGCUGGUGUGAGUGCAUUAAAAGACACGCUCAAAGACCAUGAGGAACUGAAGGUCAUGGUGCUCCUGGCUUGUUGCAAUCCCUCGGUGAUAGCUUCUCUGGAAAGAGGGAGCUACAUGAGCAGUGGAAACAAAGAUAGGCACGAAUUGCUGUUUCACAGCAUACACAGUGCUGUCGAGUUUAUAAACGAGACAAAGACCAUAGGAGAUGACUCAACUGUAUAACCCAAGGCUGUAAUUGCACUGACACUUGGCAAAAUUUGCAUUCACCACUUUUAGGCUAAGGUCUCCAAUGUCGAUGCUGAGAGCCCUCUUUGGACUUCAAAAGGCAGCAUGGAGCUGACUUUCAAUUAAAAAAAACUUUUAUAAGAUAUUUAGUAGUACAAACAUAACACAGAAUACUUUAAUCUUAAAAUCCAGUCGGCUUUGAUGUCAUUCACUGGACAAUAUGGGUAGAUCCAGUUCAGACAUAACACUAAACCAUUGCCGAAUGUUAUGAGAAUGUGCCAUGACAGGAUUUGGGCAUAUGUUCUCCCUGCUCCUCCUCCUCCUCACGCAUGUGGAGGGCAUCAAAAGCUUCUGCUUUCGGUUUCCAACAAGCCACAGUUUCCUGAUAUAUGCAGAUUUGAGAAAUUGUGUUUUAUUCAAAGUAUUCAGAUUAACAAGACCAAUAACAAAUGCAAAUAACAAUAAAGAUUCUAAAUUAUUAGUUCACCACAACCCAUCCUCCUAAUGUUAAAUAGUUUAGUAUUAUGGCUAAUCCAAGCCCUGUGGUCAAUCUUUUCUUAGGAAAGAACCAGAAAGUAAAAAAUAAAAAAUAAAGAUCAGGUGCCUUUGUUAAUGAAGUCUUUUGCCCUUUGCUUUCUUUAAGAUUUCAUUCACUCCAGAGAGACUCUUCAGAAGGAUCACCUGCACUUUCUUGCUUUAGGUCUGAAGGUAAUUAAAUCAUGACAGAUUAUUGUGGAAAAGGGCAUACUUUAUCAAACAAUAAUAAUCAGGUCAUAGCUUUGUGUACUUAGGCUGAAUAUUCUUUGCUGACAGAGCUGCAGAACACUGGCAAGUCUCCUUCUGAAAUUGAUAUCUGAGGUAUUUUCUCUUCAAACCAAAAAAUGCAAAUGUUAUUUUGGAAGCCAACACAUCCAUGUUUGGAUUCCCAAACCGUUCCCUCGGUGCAUUAACCUGGGACAGGGAAAAGUAAUGUUUUAACUUACUUGCUAGUAACAUUCUACUUCCAUUAUCUAGGACACUGAUAGGAAGGGUCAGCUCUUCCUUUUACUAAGAUAUGAAUAUUGCUUCCUCCAGUGUGGUAAAGCAAAUAUGACCAGCUGUCAGUACACCCUGGGAGCAGCUUGAGUGUUGUCUCGCUUGGCCACUCCAGAAACUAUGGUCGACAACUUUCAGCAACAUCUUUUGCACAAAAUCAGAAGAAAUGUGAUCUUACGUGGCUCUGUGCCACAAGGCCCUUGUCAAAAUAUUAGAGCGAAAAAACACCCUACAGCCACCUCACAUAUGAGGUCCUCUCCCUAAAUUUUCCUAUCUCACAGAAAUUGGGUUUUUUUUUAAAGUUGCCUGGAAAAAAGCAACAGCUGGGUUUCUCCUUCUCCAUACCCUCAUUUUUUAAAAUAUUUAUUUUUGUGUUUGCUUCAUAUCUUGCUUUUCCCAUUUCUUCCCAUUUGAACAUCUCCUUGCAAAUUGCAGAAGACUGAAGUCUGUUGAACUGCAAGUGCACAUGCAGACAUGCAUUCAUAGUCAUGUUCUGAACUGCAGAUGGAGGAGUACCUCAGAAAGAAAAAUUGCAUUAAAUGCAAGUGGCCUAGUACCUCCUCUGAAAGAUGCUCUUGGUACACGCCCACCUAUACUACUGAAGGGAAUCUCUACAUGGUUCCUUCCUGCUACUCACUGAAGGUGACCAUUUUGCACAGCAAAUGAAAAUGGAGAGGUAGACCCAGCAGCUGGUGUCUUACUUUACUAUCCAAUUGAAAUUGGGUCACAGACUACGAUUUGAAGACCUCUAGACUGCAUAAUACAGUAACAUCUUCAAAUGGUUGCUGGCUUCCUACAGCCAUGGUUUGUGUUACAUUAUGUGCCAUCAAGUAGGAAACAACUUAUAUAGGUUUUUCAAGGUAAGUGAGACAUCUAAGAAAUGGUUUUACCAGUUCUGCACAUCCAGUGAGUUUCCAUCUCUGAGUGGGUGUGAGGAAGAAGCUGAGGAAAAAUCAAAGAGUGUGCCAUCCCCUCAAAGGGCUAGCAUAGAUAUGCAGACACGGGAGAUAGCAGAGACAGGAGCACCAUCAGAGGAGAAAGAAGAAGGUCACGCGCCAGAAGCAGUGAGGGCCUGAGACCAAAGAUUCUGGAAGGAAAGAAGUCAGUUCUUUAGUUGGGACCGGGGCAAGAGAGAGGAGGGAGGAGAACCGCGAAAGGGAAAAGGCGGAUGUGUUCCUGACCACCGAGGAAGGAACAUCAUCCAAAGAGAAGGAGAAAAUCACAGUGUUCAGAGAGGCAGCGAUGGAUAGAGCUAACAGUGGUGCUCAGGUUUUCGCUGUGCCGGUAAAGAGACCCUUGGCUGAUAGUGUUAAAGUGGAGUCAGUGAGCCUGACUUUGAGUAAACUAAGACCCAUCAUUCCUGGCCUCAGUCCAGAAGAAUGGACAGUGCUGGUUUAUCCCAGGAAUCAAGGUCCUACCCGGUUGGUACAUCAUGUAGACCUGAUGAUAAAAAAGCGUUGAGAGAGGGAGAAUGGGCCCGUCACCCAUGUUGUGGGACCUUGUGUGUGGUCCGCAACAACUUCCUGUGGCAACCGACGAAGGAAGAGGAAAAAACAAAAACCUAUUAUUGAAGGACUUAAAUGAAGAAAAAUCAUUGUUGUGGUUUUGGGAGAGUUCUCCUCCCCAGUUAUCUAUACAAAGUUCAAUUGUUCGUAACAAAGAAGAUUUAAACAGUUCUGUUAAUAAAAAUUCUUUAUUUAAUAAUUCUGAAUCCUCAUUUGUAUCACCUGAGAGAGAAAUGCCCAAAGGUAACCGAGAAC